AGAUGUCUGCGGAGACGUCGUAUCGCCAGGUGUGACGAGCCUACGCAGGUGUCGAGCUCCCGUCGCGGCUCUCUGCUCCGGUGCUCCGCGAAGGACGCGGACGUGGUGCGCUCGUAAGUCGUAAGAAAUUCAUUCGCGGGGAUGUGAGGAUCCGUGCGACGUGCGAUCGUUCCGGUAGCGAGCAUGGCUCCAAAAAAGCCCGAGGAACCCGAGCGGAAGCCGCUCAUCGGUCGCGUUGGUACUAAUUUAAAAAUGGGCAUAGUCGGGAUACCAAACGUAGGGAAGUCGACUUUCUUCAACGUCAUCACCAAGAGCCAGGCAGCGGCCGAGAAUUUCCCCUUCUGCACCAUCGAUCCCAAUGAAAGUCGCGUCCCGGUGCCCGACACGAGAUUCGACUACCUCUGCGAAUACUUUAAACCGGCUAGUAAAGUUCCGGCCUUCCUGCACGUAAUGGACAUCGCUGGACUGGUGAAGGGCGCCUCCGAGGGACAAGGCUUAGGAAACAGCUUUCUCUCGCACAUCGGAGCUUGCGACGGCAUCUUUCAUCUUUGUCGUGCCUUCGAGGACGACGAUGUCACCCACGUGGAGGGCGACGUUAAUCCCGUAAGGGACCUCGAUAUUAUCAGCGAGGAGUUACGGCUGAAGGACGUGGAGUUCUUGAACGUGCACCUCGAGAAGCUCGAGAAACUUGUGAUACGCGGUAACGACAAGAAGCUGAAGCCUGAAUACGAUACGCUUUUGAAGGUAAAGGGCGUCCUGACGGACGAGAAGAAACACAUCAGGUUCGCCGAUUGGAGUGCCAAUGAUAUCGAAGUAUUGAACAAAUAUCUGUUCCUUACGUCAAAACCGAUCAUCUACUUGGUGAACCUGUCGGAAAAGGAUUAUAUACGCAAGAAGAACAAAUGGUUAAUCAAGAUAAAAGAAUGGGUCGACAAGAACGAUCCGGGCGCGGUGUUAAUCCCUUUCAGCGGCGUCUUCGAAAACAAGAUUUUCGAUAUGGACGAGGCGGAGCGCGCAAAAUACUUCGAGGAACACAAAGUCACCAGUGCACUUGACAAAAUCAUCGUUCAAGGGUACAAGGCGCUACAGCUGCAAUAUUUCUUCACGUCCGGUCACGACGAAGUCAAGGCAUGGACAAUUCAGAAAGGCACGAAAGCGCCUCAAGCUGCUGGGAAAAUACACACGGACUUUGAAAAAGGCUUCAUCAUGGCGGAAGUGAUGAAAUUCGAGGAUUUCAAGAACGAGGGCUCGGAAGGAGCAGUAAAAGCCGCCGGAAAGUACAGGCAGCAGGGACGUAAUUACGUGGUCGAGGAUGGCGAUAUUAUUUUCUUCAAGUUCAACGCAGGCGCCGGGUUAAAGGACGCGAAGAAGAAGUGAUGGCACGCGUUUCUCAUGUUGUUGCUCGUCCAUCUGUACAUCAACAUGAUCCUACUAUCCUGUUGCAUGCAUCACCCACACGUCGAUCAGUCCAACUCGCUUCCCGAUCCUCCCUGACUUUUUCAUUCACGAUCAAGCAAGUAUACAUGCUAAUGUGAUUACGAUAAUGAUAAUUAUUUUUAUAUUUUCAUUCCGCCGAAUCGUUAAAAAUUAAUAAUCGUGCUCAUGAUGCGUUUGCAAGGCGUUCGAUUCGAAUAAAAUUCAAUAUUCUUCUCAAUAUUCGAAAUAAUGCAUAGAGAACAAUGAACUCGAGAUAAUCCGCAUGUUAUUUCUUUUAUAAAGGACAACGUUGUCCGCGCAAAGGAGAUAGCAUAUUCACGUUUAUUUUCGUGUACAUAAUUAGCUGAUUAUGUAGAGAUCGUAUUCUGUACUUUUCAUCUUUUGACGUGAAAAUGUGCGGACAGGAAGAAAAAAGAAAGAGAAUGAAAAGAAAGGGGACGAGACGUGUAUGUAAAGCAUUUCUCUUUGUACUCUUCUGUAUUUAUUCUACUAAAUAUUAAAUUACAUUGACGUGAAA